AUGGAAAUUGAAAUUAGGGACAGAAUUAUGAAAGGAAGAUCUAUGAUAAGAAUGUUAAAUGGAUUCUUACGGGAUAAACAAAUCUUUAAAACAACAAAAAUAAACAUAUAUAAAUCAUUAGUUCUAAGUGUGAUAACAUAUGGAGCAGAAGUGUGGGUAUUAAAUUCAACAUUUAAAUAUAAAUUAGAAUCCACAGAAAUGGACUUUUUGAGAAGAUCCGUUCGAUGUUCAAAACUAGAUAAAGUUAGAAAUGAGGAUAUUAGGAAAAAUAUGGAUUGUCAAAACUCUAUAGUUGAUUGUAUCCAUAACAAACAAUUAACUUGGUAUGGCCAUGUUCGGAGGACGGAAGAAGAUAGACCACAGAUAUUGAAAUGGAUUCCGGCAGGCAGAAAGAGGAAAGGAAGGCCGCGGACUACAUGGAUAGAGGAAGUAACAAAAGCUAUGGAGCACAAAGGAUUGACAGAGGAAGAUUGUCGAGACAGAACAGAAUGGAGAAGAAAACUUUGGGCACAGGAAGAUGCUUAA